AUGAAGUUCCUAUUACUGUCUCUCUUUAUAUGCUUUAGUCUGGUCGCCGCCUGGUCCAAGGAAGACUAUGAGAUCUUUGGUCUACGCGAUGAUGUGGCCUCAAAUGAAGGUGCCAAUGUGACCUUCUAUGAUUUCCUUGAGAUCCGCCCCAAUGCCAAUCAGGAACAGAUCACCAAGGCUUACCGCAAGAAGUCGAGAAUCCUCCACCCCGACAAAGUGAAGCGCGCCUUUGUCGCCAACUACUCCAAGGACAAGUCCAAGGCCAAGUCGAAGCAGGGUGUCAAUGUCAAUAAGGGUCCUUCUCAGCGUGAGAUCGCGGCUGCUGUCAAGGAUGCCGAUGCUCGCUCUACCCGUCUGAACCUGGUUGCCAACGUUCUGCGUGGUCCAGGCCGUGAACGCUACGAUCACUUCCUCCGCCAUGGUUUCCCCCUGUGGAAGGGGACAGGAUACUACUACUCCCGCUUCCGUCCUGGUCUGGGCUCCGUGUUGGCUGGUUUGUUCCUGGUCUUCGGCGGUGGUGCACACUACGCUGCUUUGAUCCUUGGUUGGAAGAGGCAGCGUGAGUUUGUGGAUCGCUACAUUCGUCAGGCCCGCAGAGCUGCCUGGGGAGACGAGACUGGUGUCCGUGGUAUCCCUGGAAUCGACUCGGCUGCUGCUGCUGCUGCUCCUGCUUCUGCCUCCGAGUCUGAAGCCGGAGCCGUGGCCGUGAACCGCCGCCAGAAGCGAAUGAUGGACAAGGAGAACAAGAAGGACAAAAAGGGAGGAGGUCGUGGUAGCGCUCGUGCCUCUGGAACAUCCACACCUACCGAGAUCACUAGCAGCACUGGCGAGCGCAAGCGCGUUGUUGCUGAGAAUGGCAAGGUUUUGAUUGUCGACUCCAUUGGCAAUGUGUUCUUGGAAGAGCAGAACGAGGAUGGUGAACGUCAGGAGUUCCUGCUUGACAUUGAUCAGAUCGAGCGCCCUACCAUCCGUGAAACGAUGCUGUGCAAGCUUCCCAUCUGGUGUUUCAACCGGACUGUUGGCCGGGUGUUGGGCAUCUCUCCCGCUGAGGAGGAAGAGUUUGAGGAUAUCGAUGAGCCAGUCGAGGAAGCUAGUGAGACCACUGCUACUUCGACCCGGUCUUCUCGCAAGCGUUCCAAGCGCUCCCAGCGAUCAUAG